AUCACCACGAAUUAAAGGGGGAGAAACCUGGAUACCUACACCCCCUGGUUAUAUAUGAGGAAUCUGAAGACUGGGAAUUUUAACUGCAGUUAAUGACUAAGAAAUAUCAGGGCUCUUUUGUACUGUCUAAACUAAGGGUUUAUUUAUUCAUUUAUUUACUUGUAAUCACAGCUAGGCAAGUAAGUCUCUUUUACCCUUCAGCCCCACAUUUUCCUCAGAGAUGCCAAACAAUCAUUCUUCCUGUACUUCGUACUUCUCACAUUCCGCCUUGGAGAAUCUCUCAGGCUUACCCAGGCAGGAUGGGAUGUCGUGUCAUGUGACUGUGCACCACCAACUGCAGCAUCUCCAACUCAAGGCUGAGCACAUGACCUAAGCCGAGUUGAUCACACUUUCUCCUAGGAACCUGGAAGAGAGACAGGGACUGAGUCAUUUUGCCUGUGAGGAGCCAAACUGCAAGGUCAUGCCCAGCUGGCUUGCUGCAGCGGGCCAGAUCGUCAUGAUCAUCAGAGCCAGGGGAAGCUGAGAAACCACGAGUCAGCAAAGUCUUCAAAGAAAGAGGCACAAAGAAGGAUCAGGCAAACCCCAGGGGCAAACAGGAAAGUCGUGUACCUGAGUAAAGUCCAGGAAGAGGAGCAGGAGGAACCUGUGAGACUUUUAUUCUGCUCCUAGAGGGUCAGCAGCUGCGUCUUCUCCACUGGAUCACUGUCACAACUAGGCAGAAUUCUGCAGCAUCCAUCUACUUCUCCCUGAAACACUUCACAAUUCAUACGGACCCUUGGCAUGGCAACUCAUGUCUGAAAUCUCUGCCUUUAGGAGGCAAAGGCACAACAGGUGUAAGACCAAUGACAGUCUGAUAGACAUCGUGAGUUGUGGGACCACCAGGGAACAAAAGAAGACCCUUUUUGCAAAAAGCAAAGCAAGGCCUCCUCAAGCCGCUGUCCCUCGAUCAGCCAUGGAUCAGGUAAUGCAGUUUGUUGAGCCAAGUCGGCAGUUCGUAAAGGACUCAGUUCGACUGGUUAAAAGAUGCACCAAGCCCGACAGAAAAGAAUUCCAGAAGAUUGCCAUGGCCACAGCUAUAGGAUUUGCUAUCAUGGGAUUCAUUGGCUUCUUUGUGAAACUGAUCCAUAUCCCUAUUAAUAACAUUAUUGUGGGUGGCUGAGUGUUUCCGCUUCACUGGAACUAGGAGCAAUGAGUGUGUGAGAAGCUUAUGAAGUAAAAAGUUGCCUGUAUACUUUGUGUUUUUCUUUCUUUUCCUCUCCCCAAGAGGUUUUGUAUUUCUAAACUAAAAUAAUUUCAAAAUAAACAUUUUUUCCCAUGAUAA